AUGUUUGGAUCUACUUUAGGACAGCAGCAACAGCAACAACAAAAGAUAGAGGUUGCCAAUCCACCAAGCGAUGGAAUAACAUCAUUGAAAUUCUCAUCGAAAAACAACUAUCUCACAGCGGGUUCAUGGGAUAAGCAACUUCGUGUCUGGGAAGUCACAAACCAACCACAAGCCGCAAUGAAAGCAAUGAUAAACUAUGAAGCACCAAUUCUCUGUACUGAUUGGUCACCCGAUUGUUUCAAAAUCUAUGCAGGUGGAUGUGAUAAUAAAGCAAAGGUUUGGGAUUUACAAUCGAAUACAUUGACACAGGUUGCACAACACAAUGCACCGAUCAAAGAGUUGUUCUGGAUCGAAGAGAGCAAGGUGUUGGUGACAGGAAGUUGGGAUAAGACUCUCAAGUAUUGGGAUUUGCGAUCACCACAACCCGUACUGUCGGUCGAUCUUCCCGAACGUGUAUAUGCACUCGAUGUGUUGCAUCCACUGCUGGUGGUAGGCACAGCCGACCGCAAAGUUAAAGUGUACAACCUCAGCUCGCCAGGCGUAGAAUUCAGCACAAUCGAACCACCCCUCAAAUUCCAGACACGUUGUGUCUCUUGCUUCCCGGAUCGUACCGGUUUCGCCAUGGGUUCAAUCGAAGGAAGAGUUGCAAUUCAAUAUAUUACCGAUGAUAAACAAUCAGAAGAAUCAACGCCAGGUACAGAAGGUGAUAAUGCAUACAGUGUCAAUAGUAUUGCAUUCGCACAGCCCUAUGGAACAUUCGCCACAGCAGGUUCAGAUGGAACAUUCAACUUUUGGGACAAGGAGAAUAAGAAUCGUUUGAAACAGUUUCCAAAACUCAACAAUACAAUUUCAGCAGCUUGUUUUAAUCCAGAGGCUACUUUAUAUGCUUAUGCACUUUCUUAUGAUUGGUCAAAGGGUGUCAAUGGAUAUGAUCAAAACAGUACAAAUACAAUUCAAAUUCAAGUGGUACAGGAAGCAGAUAUCAAAGGAAGAGGAAAGAAUCCAAAGAAAGCAGCACGAUAG